UCUGUGCUGGUCCAGUCCCCUUCUACUUGUUGGUUCAUUCCUUGUUUACUUGUAUCCUGUGGAUACUUUAUGCAUAUAAAUAAUUCACUCUCCCACACACACACACACACUACAGGUCAAUUCACGGAAGUAAUUCCUCAAGCGUCGAAUCUAAGAAGUCUUCUGGUUAUUUAAAACAACAACAACUUUGUUCCCGAAAAAAACUGUACGUUCGUCGCAGGAAAUUAACUGUAAAACAAUGUUUUUACGGCCGGGUAAUUACAGAGCUGUAAUUUACGAAGGGCCCCUGAAUGCAACAGAAGACCGUUCAGGCGGAGAGAGAGUUUAAACGGAGGAAAAGGUCUUUUUCUUUUUUUGUAAGUAACACUUGGACAUUUACACCUUUGUUUACUGAAUACAGGAAACCGUGUUAGGACGUAAUGUCGUCCAGACAAACGUCCAGCUGUUUCUGAAGUCGUUUUGUAGCGGAUUAUGGUUCUAAAUUCCUGAGACUCAGUGAGCAACGGUAGCAUCCUCACUUCCUCCGUUAGCCCCGAACAACACCGAACCGCAGUAAAGUAAACUGAAGAGUACUACGGAGUACUGAAGUCCCCGAGUCCGUUUACAAUAAUAACGAAACCUCUGCGGUGAUUAUAAACGGUGUCAUUCUGUCCCGGGCGGAGCCGCAGCACAGACCGUUAGAGGAGCUGCCGUCUGUGGACGACAUUCCUCCCGCUGUGGUCGUCAGGUCAACGGGGCUGUUGUUAGGUUAGCUGUGACUCUGGUGUACCAACUGUAGCGUCACAUGGUACCGUAGAAGAAGAAGAGUCUGUCCUGACAGGAGUCUGUCCGCGUCAUGUGGGUGUUGAUGACCACGAAUCUAAGAUGACAGAUGACGUAGAUACACCAUUUGGCGGGAGGAAAGCGUCAAAGUAUUCAGCAAGUUUGUGUGUGUGAGAGAGAGUGUGUGUGUGUUUAUACAAACGAUGAUGUGACGAUCACAUGUCGUUCAGAGCCAGGGUUCUCAAACUAUGAAUUGUGUACCACUAGUGGUACUUUGGCUCCCUCUGGUGGUAUAUGUGGUACCUAGUGUUUUUGUUUGACCGUAUUCAUGACAGUGGAGGACAUGAAUGUAAUUUGUUUUGUCUAGACCAGGGGUCACCUGGUCCAGACUGACCAGAGAUCUGCUCCUUGUCCUCUCUGUUACUUGUCUUUGUCCUCUGUACUAGGUGUAAAGACUUUUGUCCGUGGCCUGUGCUGAGAGACGACUGUAGAUGACUGUAGUUUUGUGACGCGCGUCAGUCGGAGCAGGAGAUGCCGGACACACGUCCCAGCGGUCCCUGUCUGUGGACGCUGCUCCCCAGUGGCGCCCCCUCUCCGUGCGACCGCUACAAACACGCCUGCUGCAGCUCCGAGGGUCACGUGUACGUCCUGGGGGGCCGAGGCAGCGGCUGCCUGAGGGACCUCUGGAGGUACAGUGUGGUGCGUCAUGAGUGGACCCAGCUGAACUGUUCGGGCGAAGCGGCGCCUGAAGAACUGGAGGAACAUUCUAUGGUGGCGUAUGAGGGCGCCCUGUACGUGUUUGGAGGUAUGUUGGAUUCUGCGUCCACCAGGUCCAAGAGUGCGCUGUGGGUAUUUGACAUGGUAAAGCAGAAGUGGAUACCCAGCCCGGGAAAGAGCGCCGCCCUGCAGAGGAGAACCCCCUCCAACAGGAAAGGUCACAGUGCGGUGGUGCUGGCCUCGGCCAUGCUGCUGUACGGGGGGCUGGUGGACAUGAGGGGGUCUUCAGCUGAGUUUUGGAGGUUGGAUUUUGACACCAUGGUCUGGUCCCUGCUCUCUGACGGGCAGCAGAACUCUUCAGGACCUGGUCCCAGACACAGUCACUCAGCCGUGCUCCAUCAGGACUCCAUGUACCUGUACGGGGGGUUGAAGGGUCUGCAGGAGCAGAGGGACUUCUGGAGGUGGAGCUCCGUCAGCCACGGAUGGAGUUCCCUCACGACCAGGUCAGGACCCGUCCGACUGGUGGGCCACACCGCUGUGGCCUACAAGGACCGCAUGCUUCUCUUUGGGGGGGGGCUGAGCCAGAACUCUCCGAACAACUGCCUGUGGAGCUUUAACUUCAGCACUCACACCUGGGGGCAGAUGGCCUCACUGCCAGGCUCCAGCCCCCCAGACAAGAUCCACCACUGCUGCACCGGACUGGGUCCCAGCUACAGGUCAGAAACCGGCGGCCCGUGGCCCGGCUGUGGACAGAGGACCAGGGUUCUGACCCGGCCCUUCAAGAACAGGUGUUUCCCCGCUCCUCUGUCCUUCCUGGGGUCUCAGGGAGCCAUAGAGCUGCAGACCUUCAGUCUGGACCAGAGCCACGGCGGCAGAACCACCGCCUCGGAGCAGGAACCCACGAACAGGGACACGGAACGGAACCGAUCCGGUCUGACCUUUGAAAACAAGGCUUUAAAGAAAACGUGGAGCUGCACAGAAGACCAGCUCAGCGAGGAGCGGGAGGAAGAGGAGCAGGAGGAGGACAUCAGCCAUCAGCACCUCCCUGACCUGCUCCUGGUCCUGGGGGGGCGACCGUGCACCCUUCAUGGACCACUGUCUGUUUGGCAGAUGACUCUGAGCGACUCCUGACCCUGGACCACGAAAAGACGUCCUCAGUGGAAACACUGUGAAGGACGGACUUCAUAUAUUUGUAUAUAUUUGUGUGUGUGUUUCUCAGUGUGUACUGACCAGUCACCCUGAAAGUUUGAUAUAUUUAAAUGUAUUUGACAGUUUCAUAUAUUUUUACAUAUGUUUGCUAUCAAAUAAAAAACUACUAAUA